CGUGUCUUCUUUCUCCUCACAAGGCAAGCUGAUGAACGUACAGCUGUCCACCAGUCGGCUUCGCACCAGCGCAGGAAUGGGAGAGCAUACCGGCUGCUAUGUCUGCGGGAAACACGGUCACUGGUCAAAAGACUGUCCAUUCAAUAGGAACGGUAGCUACAGCGAUGACUCGAGAGGCCGCAGCGGUCACGGGCUCCCACGUGGUCCCUUUGGUUUUGGCAGCUACCGGAUGGGUGCACCUCCAGCAUCUGCGUAUAGUCGAGCUAGUUAUUUAGGCGGAUUACCACCGCCUUCUCGCCGGCUUAGUGGCUACGGGCCUGAGCCGGCGGAUAGGUACGUCCGAGUUGGUCCUGAUCGUGUCUAUAGUAGUGUUGACUAUUAUGACAAGUACAGAUCUUACUCUUAUGGCUCGAGCUAUUUCGAGGAUCGCCGUAUGCCCUAUAUUCCUCCUCCACCCCCACCCCCCUCUGCCUCCCUGUCAAAAGUCUCCAGCGUGGAUCGUCGGCCAGUGGCGCCACCAUCAGCUGCCUCAUACUAUGCACGAGACCGCAGUCCGAUCAGACGAGUGCCAGUGUCUGCAGCAGGCUAUGCUUACGAGCGAACACGGCUGUCACCGGUGUCGGCCUCCAGAAGCUCCUACGGCGUUGCCCGGCCCAAGGAUCAUUAUGCGGCACGCUAUGCGCCAUAUUGAAGCCAAGGUCUGUUUGUGAACGGCAGGACUUUCCUUUCUCCAGGCUUCAUGGUUUCAUCGGUCGGUGCGCCGUGCGGUAAAACGAAGCGUGCGAGGUGCAGAAUUUGGGAAUCGGAAAUACCGUUGGUGUCUCCUGGACGCGUCAUGUUCAACUUGAUCUUCGGAUGAUUUUCAGUCACAGAAGUCAAUCCACAUGCACAUUUAGUGUUUUAGUGUUUUCGGUGUGGGUGCGGAACAAAGCGCCGUUUGUUAGCGUGUAAAUCACUUCACUCUUGCUUUGCAGGUUUUCAGCAGUAGUCAUGUUCUGUUGUUUUUCACAUUUUCAUGUUAAAGUUUCAGCAAAAGACAUUUUCAAUUGUUGGGGUGUUUUUUAUAAUAAGUUUGGGGGUUAAUUGUGCAGCUCAGAGACAAAACUAAACUGCUGUCUUAAAUUUAAUGGUUUAUCUUCUAUUUGUGCUUUUUUUUUUCCUCCUAUUCGACACAGAGUUUUAAUUGAAGUAGCUUCCUCUUCUUGACAGUUUUUUUUUUUUUUUUUGCCAGCUGGUAACUCUUGACCUUUCGGUUGCUUCUAAUAAUACUACUAAUAAUAAUCUGACACCAAACAUUCCACUCCCUCUUUUGUAGUGUUUUGAAUCUGCGGAGCUCUAAAAUAUGAAUCAGUAUUUUGGAUCGAUGAUGUCAGCUGAUGCCGGCGGCACGUCGGUGUUCACGGCCCGCUGACACCACACCGUGAAGGAGAUGUUCUAAAAUAACAUCAUUUUCUCUCUGACUGUACAGGUGGCUGGCAUCAACAAAAAAAAAAAGUUAGUUUUUUAUUUUUAGCUUUGGUGAUG